CGAAAGUCGUUUCCCGCCGCCUUUUGCUUGAUUGGGUCUGUAACUUUUUAUUGCUUAUGCAUCAGCUUGUUUGUUGUGGAAUUAACUUUUUUUAGCCUUAUUUUAUAUUCAGGUGAAACAACAAUUGAUGAACAUAUUUCUUCAAAUGGGUUUUGAGGAGAUGCCAACAAACAAUCUCGUUGAAAGCAGCUUUUGGAACUUUGAUGCAUUGUUCCAGCCACAACACCACCCUGCUCGUGAUUCACAUGAUACAUUCUUUCUGGAAGCUCCAUCUACUACAAGGGAACUACCUGAAGAUUAUGUUCAGUUGGUGAAGCAUGUUCAUGAAUCUGGUGGUUAUGGCUCCAGGGGAUAUAUGUACGACUGGAAAAGAGAGGAAGCAAACAAAAACCUCCUGCGUACACAUACGACUGCUGUCUCUACUAGAAUGCUUUAUGCUCUAGCAAAGGUUUGAUUGUCUUCAUUAUAUUCAUCCAUCUCUGUGAUUAGAAACCACCUUCAGUUGGCUGUUUUUCCUAAAUUCAAAA